AUGGCUGUUGAAGCACGAAAAAUCAAUCUCUUCCCUCCACAGAUUCUCGAGAAUAGAGAAAUAACCAUGAAUGGAUUAGGAAGCAAUGGAAAUAUGUGCAGUAUUCCGAUAGGUUACGGUAUAAUGGCGCCUUUAUUGGGGACUGUAAUGGCCACGGAGACUGUUGUUCCGGUGUACCAAUCCGUGAUCAACGAAUCUAUUCCGGUUUCAAGAAAGCGUUCGAGAGACGAUUUGCUUUCACCAUUCCCUAUUGUUGUUCAGAAUCAGAAUCAAAAUCAAAAACAAAACGGCAGUUGCGCUUCUUGCACUUUUCUCGGUGAAGAUAUUUCCUUUCAGAUCCAACAACAGUCAUUGGAAAUCGAUCGAUUAAUCUCUCAACACACGGAGAUAGUGAGGGUUGGAAUUGAAGAGAGAAGAAAGGGACAUUCUCUGAGAAUAGUAAAGGCAGUUGAGGAAGAAUCAAUGAAGAAACUGAAAGGGAAAGAAGAAGAAAUUGAGAAGAUUGGGAAAUUAAAUUUGGCACUGGAAGAAAGAGUGAAAUCGCUAUUCGUGGAGAACCAAAUAUGGAGAGAUUUGGCACAGACAAGCGAAGCCACGGCCAACACCUUGAGAUGCAAUCUCGAACAAAUCCUCAACCAGGUCCAGGAAGAUCACCACCGCCAGCCACGGUGGCGGAACGAAGAGGCGGCGGUUGCCUCAGACAACGAAUCUCAAUCGUGCUGCGGCAGCAACUUCGAUCCAAUCAUCGGGAAGAGAAUGUGCAGGAGCUGUAAGGAACAGGAAUCGUCCGUAUUGCUUUUGCCGUGCAGGCAUCUCUGCCUCUGUACUAAUUGCGAAUCAUCUCUCCAUACUUGCCCCAUCUGUAACUCUUUCAAAACCGCUACUGUUCAUGUUAAUCUGUUUGACGAUCGUUUUUGA